UACAACUAGCUAUUAGAACAUUGUCUAUUUACAUACUGAUCUGUUUGGUGGGUUUGAUACGAAUUCUCACUCAGAAUAUCGUGACUCUUUAAUUCUUUAAUUAUAAAUGUUACUUUUAAUAUUCUGUGGCUUUUCAACUUGUAUCUGCAUAGUGCAACAGAAAAACAACUUCCAAAAUGCCAAACAAAUUAUAUUUAAAACCACAAAGAAUCACGACUCAAUCCGAUUCCAAGUUAAGGUCAUUCAUGUUGUUCUUUUGUUUGUGCUGUUUCAGUUUUUUUUAUGUGUGCUGUUGCAAUAGGGACAAUUAUGCAAUAGGGAAGUUUACUUUUCAAUAGGGAAGUUUACUUUUCACUAGGGAAGUUUACUUUGCAUGACUCAUUCUGCAGGGGGACUAUUAUGGGAAAAUAACACAAUCAAAUCCUAAUCAAAUAAAUGUGUCAGUGUCAGAUGUACAAUUGUAAAUUAAGUCAAAGCUUAUCGGUUCAACAACUUUAGAAUCUCCAAGGUUGUAUUUUACAUGGGACAAGAAUUACGCAGAUUAAGUGGAGCCAUAUUUUUCAGAUGAAGAGUCUUUAAUUUAUACUUGAGCUAUCAGUUUUUAUAGUGAUCAAUAAGUAACUCCAUGCACGUAAUCACAACAAAGAAGUAUUUUAUCGAUAGUCACAUGAUGUCUCUGGAAAAAUUUAAAUUCUCAAGUUCACAGGUAGAAGCCAGCACAUACUUCCUGUGAAUGGUGUGUAGGCUGUUUUGAUCUAAAUGAUGGGGCUCUUAGUGAUGACAUCAGAGGCUCUGCUGCUGCUCCUGUUUAUACAGGCCAGCACUGGUGAUAGGUCAGGUACAGUUGUCACCAGCUGUGAGACGUGUCAUUACCAAGCCACCUGUCUGGUCUCAUCUGUAGAACUUGAGAGGGUAGAUGCCUUUCCAACACGGUCUUUCACCUGCACCUGUCAAGACGGCUUUGUCGGCAACGGCAUCACCUGCUAUGACCCCAAGAUCUGCAAAAGCGGCUCCUGCUGUCAUCAAGGUUACCGCUGGUCCUCUAUACUGGGUUGUGUGGAUGUUGACGAGUGUCCCCUUCCUGACCAGCCCUGCGCCCCUCAGGUCUGUGAGAACACCCCUGGGUCCUUCAACUGCCUGGUGCCUUCUGACGAUAACCUCCGCUCAGUCCAGCACACCAGCCCAAACGUGGACCCCCACUCUGUCCAGUUUAUGUGUGGGAACACAGAGUGUCCAGUGGGACAGGACUGUAUCAGUAUUGGUGGAACAUCUCAUUGUGCAGACCCCUGCCAGCACUACUCUGUACUGAAUGACACCUGGCGUGCCACCAACUACAGAGGUAAAGGGAACUGCGACAAGGAUAUCAACUUUCGGGGCAUAUCACAUGUUCCUGGGGGACACCAGUGUUCAGAUGCCAGAGAGGUGUGUGCAAAAGUACACAUGGUACCAACAGCCCGAUGUGGCUCACAGAUCCCCACCCCCAGCUGUCGGACGGAGUGGUUCAGCGGGGUAUCUGUGGGAGCUAUGAUAGCUGCUGCCAAUAUAAACAAACCCCAAUCCAUGUCAAAGCCUGCUAUAGAAACUACUAUGUCUACAAGUUUGUCAGUCCAACAUAUUGCGCCUUUGCCUACUGUGCAGACGUCAACACUAUGGUAUGUGCUACCUGUAGAAAUGAUCAGACUUGAUCGUAAUGGCAUGGUGUGGUACCAGGUGGAGUGCAGGGAGGGACACUGUGGAAACACAGUGAAGACAAAUGGUACUCAUGCUGUCUACUCCAACAGCAUAUUAGUUUAUCCAGUAGAUGCACAAAAUGAUUCUCCCCUUAGCUUUCCUUUCUCCUGUAUCUAUCCUCUGGAGAUAGAGAGCAGCCUGGAUGUGCCCAUCAGACCCCAUCUACCAACUGACAAUGCAGUUGUCGGUGCCAAGGCCAGAGCCUCCAUGUUUCUGUAUCGUAACUCCAACUACACAGAGCCUUACCCAGCUGGUCAGGCAGUCACUCUGCUUGUGGGUUCCUCCCUGCAUGUGGGCGUGUCCGUAGACGAGUCAGACCCGGAGCUUUUCGUGGUCGUUCUAGAUGACUGCUUCACCACGGAAUCCUCCAGCCCUGACAACCUCCUUCGAUACUACAUAAUUCAGGACAGCUGUCCAAGCAAUCAUACCAUACGUGACAGUCGAGGAAAGCGCCUCAUCCCUCCAGGCUCGCUUCUCUGCUCUGCUGUAUGGGGGCUACCAUUACGUCUUCCUGCACUGCCGCCUCAGCCUGUGUAACCACAGAAGCUCACCCUGCUCUCCAGUGUGUUCCAGGAGGAGGUCCCGCUCUGUGGCCAAGUCUGUCUCCCUCAACCCCCUCACCAUCGGGCCAAUCACCUGGCCCCAGAGUCUGGAAUGACCUCCAGCACCUCCACCACCCCUCAACCCCACUGUCAACCCACUGGGCCCUCUCCCUCCCCAGAUCUCCAUUCCAACCAGCACAACCAAUGGUCAUGCAAGGGCACCAAAUUACUUUCUGCUAUUAUUGAUAAUGAAUUUAUGCAAUACAGUGUGUGAUUUCAUUGUACUGUAAAUGUUUUAUACACAUAGACUUGCAUUGCUUUUGAGGACCGAUCAUUUACUCAGAGUUGUGUACGUGCCAACCAAACCUGAGUUGCUCAGUGUGUAUGCUGCCAUUUGACAAUGACAAUAAAUAACUAUAUGAUAAAGAACACAUCACUAUGUAUUUUCUCUCUAUCUCUCCUCCCCCACUUGCACAUAGAUGCACCCCCCUCUAUUUCCCCAGCCUGCA